CAUGACAACCUGCAGCCAUUCUGUGUUUGCUGUGCCAAUAGCCCGUCCUCUUCUUAUUUAGCUGCAGCUUUUGCUCGACUGGCUCCGCCCCCCAGCGCCAAGAAGGUGUUCAUCACGGCAUCCUCACACGCCGGUUUGGCGCCCUUUAUAGUCGACUUUGUGGUGGGGGAUGCUGAAUGUCAGACAUCGUUCCGUAUCGAUCGUCUCUGCUGUCAACAGUCUCACAAGACAGAUGUGUUGUUUUCGUGUCGGACACAAUAGGCUUCACAGUCUCCUUCUCACGGAGCUGUUUUUUCCUAACCCCCAUUGAAAGCGGCCAAUGACAGAACCCCAUGAACUCUGCCACUGUAACUGUUAUCAUUGACCGUUGUAGUGCAGCAAGGGUGUGUUGAAGGUGUGCACAUGGAGGGGCCGAGGGGGCGGUGUUCAGCCUCUAAACGAGGCAUGGCGGUCACAGCAGUCAGCUGUUAGUCGGGGAGGAGCUGGGUGUGCUUCUGCUGGAUGACUCACUCUCUGCGCACACGCUCUCUUAUUAAACGCACACGCUUGCAUGUUCGUGUGCGCGCAGAAGGGCAACAAGAGGAGCGCUUCCUGCUCGGACGGGCCGCUCAGUCUCCACCGGAGGGCGAGAGCUGCAGGAGCACCACCGGGACCGCACGGAGGAGAGACGCCGAGGAGGAGACACCGUCAGCGGGGGGACCGCGGAGAGGAAACAGGAGAGGAGAUAGGACGGGAGAAAGAGAAGUGGACUCUGCUCAGCAUCCUCCCUUCCUCCUCUUCCCCUCAUCGGAUUAGAAGAGGAGGCUGCCGCCGUCAAAUCACGCUGGCUGAGACAUGAGUGUAUCCUGCUGAGCGUCAUUGAUGCACAACUGACUCGCCAAGUGCUGUCCUUCACCGCCCCCCCCUUCCCCUCCUUUUGCUGUUUGUCACUAGGUUUGGAGCCACCAUGACCAAGUCCUAUGAGUUCAACUGGCAGAAGCAUGUACCCGACUUCAUGCAGGACGGCGCCUCCUUCGACAGGUUUGAUGAGGACCCGUACAUCUUUGAGCCCAACUGUCAGGUGAAGGUGGACGAGUAUGGCUUUUUCAUCACCUGGAGGAGUGAAGGAAAGGAAGGCCAGGUGUUGGAGUGUUCCCUCAUCAACAGUAUUCGUGUCGGCGCCGUUCCAAAGGACCCAAAGAUCCUGUCCUCAUUCGAGGCCACGGGGAAGACGGAAGCCGACCUGGAGGGCUGCAUCAUCUGCAUCUGCAGCGGGGCCGACCUGGUCAACCUCAGCUUCAUGUUCAUGGUGGCGGAGAACCCGGACACCGCCAGGAAAUGGACAGAAGGGCUGCGCUCGGUGAUUCACAACUUCAAGGCCAACAACGUGUGUCCAAUGACGUGCCUGAAGAAGCACUGGAUGAGAAUGUGCGUCCUGACCAACGUGAAUGGCAAGAUUCCCGUCAGAGGGAUUACACGGACGUUUGCAUCAGGCAAGACGGAGAAGGGGAUUUUCCAGGCUCUGAAGGACUUGGGCCUUCCGAGUGGCAAGAAUGACGAGAUUGAGCCGUCAGCGUUUACGUUUGACAUUUUCUACGCCCUCACACAGAAGAUCUGUCCCCGCACCGACAUAGAGGACCUCUUCAAGAAGAUCAAUGGGAGCAAAAGUGAUUAUUUAACUGUAGACCAGUUAGUCAGCUUUCUGAAUGAAAACCAGCGGGAUCCCCGGCUGAACGAGAUCCUGUUCCCCUUCUACGACCCCAAGAGAGCCACGCAGAUCAUAGACAAAUACGAGCGGGACGAUGAGCUGAAGAAGAAAGGCCUCAUGUCCAGCGAUGGCUUCUGCAGGUACCUGAUGUCGGACGAGAAUGCUCCGGUCUUCCUGGACCGGCUGGAGCUGUACCAGGACAUGGACCAGCCCCUGGCCCACUACUUCAUCAGCUCCUCGCAUAACUCCUACCUGACGGGGCGACAGUUCGGAGGAAAGUCGUCUGUGGAGAUGUACCGCCAGGCCCUGCUGUCUGGAUGCAGGUGUGUGGAGCUGGACUGCUGGGACGGCAAAGGAGAGGACCAGGAGCCCAUCAUCACCCACGGCAAGGCCAUGUGCACAGACAUCCUCUUCAAGGACGUCAUCCAAGCCAUCAAAGAGACGGCGUUCGUCACAUCGGAGUUUCCUGUUAUUUUAUCUUUCGAAAACCACUGCUGUAAACCACAGCAGUACAAGAUGGCCAAGUAUUGUGAGGAGAUCUUUGGGGACUUCCUCCUGAAACAACCCUUGGAUAACUUCCCGAUUGAAUCCGGACGCCCUCUUCCCUCUCCAAACGACCUCAGGCGUAAGAUCCUCAUCAAAAACAAACGCUUGAAACCCGAAGUGGAACAAAAGCAGCUUGAGGCCUUCAAGAAGCACAUGGAGGCGGGCGAAACCAACACCACCGCCAUCAUCAUGGGAGAGGAGAACGAGGACGACACAGAGAACGGAGAAAAGGAGGCCGAGGAGAAGGAUGUGACAUCAGAGGCGCCCAGCAGCUUGUCUGAGGCGAACAGCGAAAAAGAAGCCACCGGUGAUACGCAGUCAAACGCUGUGAACGCCAAGAAGGACGAGGAGCGUAGCAACAGCGUCAAGAAGGUGCCUGAAGAUGAUGCAGCUGAUAUGUCAGAAGCUACAGAAGCAGCAGACGCCACAGAUAUCUCAGAGGCGUCCGACCCAGACAACAACAAGAAGGGUGGCGAGGGCUCAGAGGACCUGGAGGAGGCUCUCAUCGCUCAGUACACGUACGUGGGCGCCACCACCAACAUCCACCCCUACCUGUCCGCCAUGGUCAACUACGCACAGCCCGUCAAGUUCCAGAGUUUCGAUGUGGCCGAGGACAAAAACAUCCACCACAACAUGUCAUCUUUCAAUGAGUCGGUGGGCCUCGGCUACCUGAAGACCAACGCCAUCGAGUUUGUCAACUACAACAAGCGUCAGAUGAGCCGUAUCUACCCCAAAGGGGGCCGAGUGGACUCCAGUAAUUACAUGCCUCAGAUCUUCUGGAACGCGGGCUGCCAGAUGGUCUCGCUCAACUUCCAGACCCCAGAUCUGGCCAUGCAGUUGAACCAGGGCAAGUUUGAAUACAACGGCUCAUGCGGGUAUCUGCAGAAGCCCGACUUCAUGCGGCGGUCCGACCGGAUGUUUGACCCUUUUUCCGAGACGCCUGUAGAUGGCGUCAUCGCGGCCACCUGCAGUGUCCAGGUGUUCUCAGGCCAGUUCCUGUCCGACAAGAAGAUCGGCACGUACGUGGAGGUGGACAUGUACGGCCUUCCGACCGACACCAUCCGCAAAGAGUUCCGCACACGCAUGGUCAUGAACAACGGCCUUAACCCCGCCUACAACGAGGAGCCCUUCGUCUUCAGGAAGGUGAUCCUGCCGGACCUGGCCGUCCUCCGCCUGGCCGUGUACGAUGACAACAACAAGCUGAUUGGCCAGCGCAUCCUGCCCCUGGACGGCCUGCAGGCCGGCUACCGUCACAUCUCGCUGAGGAACGAGGGCAACAAGCCCCUCUCCUUGCCCACCAUCUUCUGCCAGAUCAUCCUCAAGACCUACGUGCCCGACGGCUUCGGCGCCAUCGUGGACGCUCUCUCAGACCCAAAGAAGUUUCUGACCAUCGCGGAGAAGAGAGCUGACCAGAUGAAAGCGCUCGGCAUCGACACGAACGACAUUGCGGACGUUCCCAGCGGAAGCUCCAAGAACGACAAGAAGGGAAAAGGCAAAGGGGACACGGUGAAGGCCAACGUCACGCCUCAGACCAGCUCCGACAUGGCGCAGACUUCCAACGCCGCCCAGAACAACACAGCGGAGACCAAGAAGGACAACACGCUGGUCCCCAAUGUGAGCAUCGAUGACCUGAAGCAAAUGAAGACGUACCUGAAACUGAUGAAGAAGCAGCAGAAGGAGCUGAGCGCCUUGAAGAAGAAACACUCUAAGGACCAAAACAUCAUGCAGAAGGCGCACUGCACGCAGGUGGACAAGAUGGUGUCUGCACACGACAAGGAGAAGACCAUCCUGGAGAAGCUGUUGGACAAAGCCAUGAAGAAACGAGGGGAAAACAACUGCCAAGACCUGAAGAAGGAGACAGAAGAUAAGAUCCAGACGCUGGUGUCUGAUCACAAGUCCAAGGUGAAGGACAUGACGGCGCAGCACACCAAGGAGUGGUCGGAGCUGAUCGGCAGCCACGGCAACGAGGAGCAGGAGAUGAAGGACAACCACGUGACUCAGCAGUGCGAAAGCCUGAAGAAGCUGCUGAGCGGCGUCCAGGAGCAGCAGACCGGACAGCUCAAGGUCAUCCACGAGCGACAGAGUAAAGAGAUGCGAGCCAAUCAGGCCAAGAUGUCCAUGGAGAACAGCAAAGCCAUCAGUCAGGACAAGAGCAUCAAAAACAAGGCGGAGAGAGAAAGGAGAGUGCGAGAGUUGAACAGCAGCAACACCAAGAAGUUCAUGGAUGAGAGGAAGAGACUGGCCAUGAAGCACCAGAAGGAGAUGGAACAGCUGGAGAAAAACCAGAGAGAGCAGGUGGACAAACUGGACAAGUUCAAUCAGCAGCUUUUGACAUCCCACCAUGCAAACAAACAAAAGCUUGCAGGCCAAGGACCUGCAGCAGAUGGCCAAGCUGGAGGAGGAGAUGGAGCGCAGACCCACCACGGUGGUGUGAGCGCUUGACUGUCCUCACGCAAACUUGCUGUAGCCCCGCCCCCCACGCCGUGUCUACCGGUAACUCAGCCCACGCCCCCCAUCAUGCACACGCGUACGUGUACUGGCUUUGUACCACUCAGCCGUCAUCGCAGACCCGCCAGGAAGGGAGCACGCCUUCACCAUCUUCUAUUUUUCUCCACAUGGCGCCCCCUGGGGGUCAGCAAUCCAGCAGGUUUUGGACAAUUAGUUCAAUGUUUUGUUUGAUGGCAGCCAUGUUUUUCACCUCAUCUUACUGAAAUUUGCCCCACACUGUCCCUUGAAGGCGCGUACCAAGUUUGGUUGCUUCUGGGCUUUAAUAACAGCGCCACCAUGUGGUGUAUUUGGCAGAAAUGUAACAGCCCAAGCGGCCGGUGGGGCGGGCGUGGGGGGGGAGGGGUGGGAUUGUGGUUGCAACAAUUUUCACAGAAGAAGAGGCUCUUCACGUGUCAUAUUUCGUAUUCGUACUAUGUAAUAUAUCAUGCGCCUUUUUACAUAUAAUAUCAUUUUAACACAUUUUAUUCAUUUAUGUCACCAAAAUCAGCCCUUAGAUGACAUACAUUAACAAUAAAGAAAUGUCAGGCAAGGCUGAAAAACUACAAAAAUGGCCGCCCAAAUGCUUCCUUCAUCAACGUCCUCCCGUUUGUCACUUUUUUGGGGCCAAAAGAAGAAGAAACGAGCUCCUUUUGUGUACUACUGACACACACACACACACUCUGCUUUUUAACACAAUGUAAGCAGGUUGCCACGGCAACUGAGCAUCCACAAGCAAACAUGACCACACAAUGAAACAGUGACUUUUAUUUCCCCCCAAACACACACACACACACACACACACGCAGCUGACGACUACAAUGACUUUUUUAAAGUGCUUUUACUCCACGGCUUUAUUUACACUUCUUAGGAUGUUUAUUCCACUUUGUCAUGUUGUUUUGCCAUCAAAUGCCAACAGUAAAGGCUUAUUUAUAUAAAGAUAUACAUAUAUAAAUACAUGAACAUAUAUAUAUAUAUAUAUUAGAUAUGUUGUAGUUCUAAAGAUUGUUGAAGGCUGUUCUCUUUGCACUUCCUGUCUUUCUAGUGGCUCCACACACACUUUUUUUUUUGCUCAAUUCUCCUCCUUUGCUAAUUUUCUCUCAUUUUUGACGCUAGCUCGCCAACCAACCGUGCAUGUUCUUAUUUUCUAUUUCUAUUCUUCUUGUAACUCCUAGCAAGGGAGGCUAGCCAGCUCCUUUAAUACUGUUUUAUAGUCUGUGUACCAAUAAACCAAGGUGGAACAUGGGAA